AUAAAAAUGAUAUAUUUCAAUCAAUUAAUCAUUCUAAUGAAGAUGAAGAAAUGUAUAUUGAUGAUGAUAAUUUUUCAAGUACAGAAUUAGAAAUUAUAGAUAAGAAUAAUAACAAUAAAUAUUUAACAGAAUCAGUUAAUAGUAGUUUUUAUAAAACUAAAGAAAGUGAAGAAGAAACGAAUAAACCUGAGAUUGCAAAUAGUUCAUUAUCUAAAAAGUCAAUUAAAAAAUGA